CGCGCGCGGGAGGGUGUCGGGCCCAACCCCCUCAACUCCUUAGCUGAGAGCACAGGAGGUGACUUCGACCUAGUGCUUCUGCUCCGGGCGGGGUUGGCGGCGCCGCCUCCAGGCUUUGGGCGCCCGCGGCCUCCGAGCGCCGGACGAGCCGGGCAUGCGCGCUCCGAGGACCUGUGGGCCGACGGCGCGGGUGCGGCGGGAGGGGCCGCGACCGGAUCUUGGCUCUAGAUGCUGAGCUUUUCAGGGCUGGCUGGAAGCCACAGUCCAGUCUCCAGAUGGAGUCUAACUCCAGCCAGUGUGAAGACGAAACUCCUUCCCUCUUGUGGGGUUUGGAUCCUGUGUUUCUGGCCUUUGCAAAACUCUACAUCAGGGACAUCCUGGACUUGAAGGAGUCUGGCCAGGUACCAGGUGUAUUUUUUUACAAUGGGCAUCCAAUAAAACAGGUGGAUAUCUUAGGAACCGUAAUUGGAGUGCGAGAAAAAGAGGCAUUCUACAGUUACGGAGUGGAUGAUAGCACUGGAGUUAUAAACUGCAUCUGCUGGAAAAGGCUGAAUAAUACCAAAUCCUCAUCAGCUACAGCCGCUCCAAGUGCAAGAGAGCUGAGCUUAACCUCUCAGAUUAAGAAGCUGCAAGAGACCAUUGCACAGAGAGCAAAGUUAGAAAUUGGGGACAUUAUCCGGGUCAGAGGCCACAUCCGCAUGUUCAGAGGAGAGCGAGAGAUUCAUGCCACAACUUAUUAUAAAGUGGAUGACCCAGUGUGCAACGUUCAGAUCGCAAGGAUGCUGGAGCUGCCUGCCAUCUACAGGAAAGUAUAUGACCAGCCCUUCCACAGCCCUGCCCUAAAGGAAGACGAGGCACUGAGCAGCAAUCCUGGCACCCUGGACCUUGAAAGUCUCACAUGUCUACUGAGUGAAAAGGCCAAAGAGUUCCUUGUGGAGAACAGAGUGCAAACCUUUUACCAGCAGGAGUUGGAAACUGUGGAGUCCCUUCUGUCCCUUGCCAACCAGCCUGUGAUUCACAGCGCCUGCUCUGGGCAAAUGGGUUUUAAGAAUGACACCACUUCCAGAGCAAUUCACAGUAUAUUUAGGAAUGCUGUAAAGCUGCUGCAGGAAAAAGGACUCGUUUUCCAGAAAGAUGGUGGUUUUGAUAACCUAUUCUAUGUAACGAGAGAAGACAAAGAAUUGCACAGAAAGAUCCACCGGAUCAUUCAAGAAGAAUGCCAGAAACCAAAUCAAAAGAAAGACUUAAGACAUUCAAAAUCAACUGCAUAUAUGGGGAAAAUUAGAAAGUGACCUCACAUACCCAGGAAAAGGCACAGACUCAGAAAUAGACCUGAGAAGACCUUAGGUUUCCAUCUCAGGCUAUUCUUGGCUCAGAGACGGCCUUCAACAACUGAAAAAAAUUAGAAACAAUAACAAAAAAACAGCUACCACCAGGAAAGGGGAGGAAUCUAAUCUCCAGAAUUACCACAUCAUUAGAUUCAAGUGUCCAGUUUUCAACUAAAAGUGAAAGAUAUACAAAGAGGAAACUAUGACCCAUUCAAAGGAACGGGGAAAAUAGCAACAGAAACUAUCCCUGGAAAAGACCUGAUGGCUUAUCUAUUACACAGAGGCUUUAAAACAACUGUCUUAAAGAUGCUCAUGAAAAUGAAGGGUGAAUAAAAUGGAAAAUAUUGAUUAAGAGAAAAACUAAAAAGAAAUUCUGACAAGGACAGGAACUGAAAUGCAACAUUUUUACUAGUGAUUCAAAGGCAGAUUUGAACAGGAAGAAGAAUCAACAGGGCCCUGAAGAAAAAUGAACAGAACCUAACGGACCCGUGGGACAUCAUCAAAUGGACCAACAUAUGUGCUAUGCGAGUCUCAGAAGAAGAGAGCAGGGGCAGUUAUACUAAUAUCAGACAAGAUAGCCUUUAAAUCAAAAUGUUACAAGAACCAAGGAAGGAUAUUAUAUGUUAAUAAAAGGCUGGAUAAGAAGACAUAGCAAUUUUAAAUGUUAUGUGUCUAGUGACAGACCGUCGGAAUAUUACAUGAAGCAAAAACUGACAGAAAUAAAUAGUUCUACGAUAAUAGUCGGAGAUUUCAGUACUCCACUCUCAAUAGUGGAUAGAGAAACUGGACAGAAGAUAAGGAAGCAGAGGACCUAAAUAAGACCACAAGUCAGCCAGAUCUGACCUGUGCACACAGAAGCCCACCUGACAACAGCAUGCGUGGGACCUUCUCCAGGAUAGACCAUGUUAGACCAUCAGCAGUUCUCAACAGGUUUUAAAAGAUAGCUAUCAUACAAAGUAUCUUCUCUCUGACCAGUAUCUUUUGAAGUUAGAAGACAGUAACAGAAGAAAAGCUGAAAAUUUUACAAAUUUGUGAGAAUUAAAUAACACACUCUUAACCAGUUGACCAAAGAAGAAAUCACAUGGGGAAUUAUAAAAUACUUAGAGAUGAAUGAAAACUAAAACACAGCAUACCAAAACUUAUGGGACACAGCAAAAGCUGGGUAUAAAGGGGAACUUUAUAGCUAAGAACACUUACAUAGGUUUACAAUUUAAGGAACUAAAAAAGAACAAAGUAGCUCAAAGCUAAUAGAAGGAAGGAAAUAAUAAAAAUUAGAGCACAGAUAAAUGAAAUAGAGAAUAGAAAAACAAUAGAGAAAAUCAAGGAAACCAAAAAUUGCUUCUUUGAAAAGAUCAUCAAAAUUGCUAAACAUUUAGCUGGGUAGACUAAAAAAAAAAAGAGAUAAAACUCAGAUUACUAAAAUCAGAAAUGAAAAUGAGGA